AUGGCAGUUGAUGUUCCACGUGAGGUUAUCCAAAAACUGAUGUUUUUCACUGCAGCAAUGGUUAUAAUUCCUGUGCUGUCCUUUUUUCUAGUACAACAAGUCACUAGUAAUACUUUGGUGAGUGGCGGGUUGGCUGCCUUAGCUGCCAACUUGGUACUAAUAGCAUAUGUGGUAAUGGCUUUCAGCGAAGACUCCGGUUCCAGCGGUUCAGAGGACAUGAACCCGGAGGAGAAAAAGAAAAAUUGA